AUGAAGGCUGCUGAAGAUGUUCCGGUGCAGCAGUUGGUAGCCGACUCCAAUGCUUUUAUAAAACGAGUACCAUUGCAUGUAGGUGUUGAAGUUGAUAUCAUGGAUCUAGCUUCGGAGAUCUAUACAGUGCCUGGAGUAAUCAAUGAAUUGAAAUGUGAAAAAAUGCGUCAUCUUCUUGACAGUCUUCCAUAUCAAAUUCAUAUUCAAGAACCAACAACCGAAUCUCUGCAUAUCAUGACCGAAUUUUCAAAGAAAACCGGUGAUUACCCCUCACUAUCAGUAGUGGACUUAAAGUUAUUAGCAUUGGUGCAUGAUCUUCACUUGAAACAAUAUGGAAAAGAUGGUUUACGCUAUGAUUUGAAAACUAUUGACGACAAGUCAUCAACUAGGUAUCGACAAACACGGGACACAAUAGUAAAGACGGAUAAUAAAGAUGUCCGAAUGGAGGAAAAUGCCGCUGAAAUUGAAGGAAAAUCAAAAGAAAUGGAAGACAUUAAUGAUAUUAGUGAUGGUGCUAGUAUUAGCAGCAACAGCAGUGAUGGUGAUAUUUGGUUAAAUGAGGAUAAUGUAGAUGAAAUAAUGGGACAUGUGGGUGAAACAGCGUUGCCAGAGAAAGAAAUGAAGGUAGCGUGUAUUACGACAGAUUUUGCAAUACAGAACAUCCUUCUUCGUUUAGGUCUUUGCUUGUUGUCCGUUAAUGGCUUCAGAAUACAGCGAUUGAAUAAUUAUAUCCUCAGGUGUUGGGCGUGCUUUGCAACAACAAAUAUAAUGACGAAACGUUUUUGUCCUCGCUGCGGAAAUGACUCACUACAUCGAGUUGCUGUUAGUAUUGAUGAAGAUGGGACGAUGCGACUUCACAUCAAUUGGAAUCGACUGCAAUCUGCACGUGGCUUAAAAUAUUCUCUUCCAGCUCCGAAAGGUGGAAAGCAUCCUGGAGGACCACAACUUUUUGAAGAUCAACCUAUGCCACAGAACAGAAUGGCUCGCUGUUAUAAGGAUCCUACAGAAACUGGACCAUUUGCUAUGAAUGAUGUAACGAGCAGGUCAGCAAUGUUAGGUAUACGAUCCUUGCAGAAGGCUGGGUGGAAUCCAAAUGUGCGAACACAUGGGAAAAAACGAGGAAAUAAGCGACGAUAG